AUGGAAAGUGCAGAAAUGAUCAUUUCUAAACAUCAAAAGAAUUACACAGCGGCUUGUUAUAUCACUAUUCCGGGCAUCUCGCUGUACUCGGAUGCAAUUCGAGGCGGACGAGGCUGCGCGGCUGAGGCUCGCCGGGCGACGACCUCCGGUGAUGUCAGAGGAGGCGAUGUGUUAUUCGCGUUCGCCGAGUUCCUCCUUGUAACAUGGUGUGUAAUAAAUACCUUUGAGAUAGGAAAACUACGAUGCGAAAUCGCGUUGGCCCACAGCGAGCAGUUACACAGAACGUUACAUCAAGCUCUUGUUGUAUUGGAGACUGCAAUAAGUUAA